AUGAGCAUCAGCUCCCGUCAAUUUGAAUCUAGUACUUUCAAAGAUCCCGGUAUAGCGCAUACAGUUGAGUAUGAAGCGAGUUCUAGUAAUGACCAAGUAAGUCAUUCCAGCCCUCAGGAUAACACAGCUAUGAGGGAGACAAAGUUGGAUGAGCAUAAUGCAAUGCUUACAAAAAUCCGCAUUAUAAGACAUGUAGCAGCCAAAAGUAUUGGCACAGAAAUUCCAUUCUUUGAGGCAGCUGACCAAUCAUCCGAUAUUUGUCGGAGUUUAGGCAUAGAUGAAGCUUUUAGUGUUGGGCGUUCUGACAUCAACGAUUCGAAAAGUAUUACAUCGGGUACCACUAACGAGCGCAGUGCAUUCAAUCCGGAAAUGAAAAUGCCUGUACUCAGAAGUAACGCAUUACAUGAGGAACGUUCAAUCGGAAUCAAUGCCAUGACUUUUACCAUUAAAAUUUUGGAUACAUCUGAAGCCGUGAAAACACAUGGUGAGACUUAUGCACUGGGAACCCCCAUUCCUCUGUUUGACGACACGGCGCCUCUAUCUGAAAUAGGGCGCAAUCUUGGUAUCGAUGAAUGUUUGAAGUAG